AUGCGCUCGUUCUGGCUCGCUGCUGCUCUGCCCCUCGUGGUGGCAGACUGGCAAUUCAAGUCUCGCUCUGAUCUCGCUCCGCCCAGAUUGAACAUCACCAUUACCGCUGGUCCUGAUGUCGAGAAGGGAUACCUGUUCGUCGCGCCGUUCGCCGGGUUCCCUGACAAGGCUGGUGAAAUGUACGGCCCUCGACAGGCGGCUCCGUAUAUCCUCCGAGAUGACGGAGAGCUCGUUUGGUCGGGAUAUGGAUAUUAUUCUAUCUGGUCGACCAACUUCCAGAAAGCGCGCUGGAAGGGCAAGGAUGUACUAUUUUCCUUUGAAGGCGACCAUAACGCUGGUUAUGGUCAUGGUCAUGGGCAUACAACUAUCCUGGACCAGCAUUAUGAAACGAUUCGGGAGCUGCGCGCGGGAAACCACAAACUGACUGAUAAACAUGAAUUUCACGUCAUCAAUGAAGAGACCGCGCUCAUUCAGAUCUAUCAACCUGUUCCGGCGGACCUCACCCGAUGGGGAGCUAGUCCCGAGCAACAAUGGAUCGUGGAUUCGCUGUUUCAGGAACUCGAUAUCGAGACUGGUGAGCUUCUUUUCGAAUGGUCCAGCCUAGAGCAUGUUUUUCCAGAUGAGGCGAUUCUCCCUAUCAACCCCGGUCAGGCCGGUUCCGGUUACAACUCCUCUGACGCGUGGGAUUAUUUCCACAUAAAUUCAGUCGAUAAAGACUCCGACGGAAACUAUCUGGUUUCCGCCCGUGACGCCUGUUCGGUGCACAAGAUCAACGGCACGACGGGCGAGAUUAUCUGGCGGCUGGCCGGCAAUAAAUCAGAUUUCACUCUCGGCCCGAACGCGGACUUCUGCUUCCAACACCACGCUCGCUUCGUUUCCCGGAACGGCGACAAGGAGGUGAUCUCUCUUUACGAUAACGCUGCACAUGGGACCGAAGAUGGUCGCGGCCAUGAAGUCCACACGCAUCCGUUCUCUCAAGGCAAGAUUCUUGAAGUUGACACGGCCACUUGGACUGCCUCCGUUGUUCAAGCCUUCCAGCCUCCAGAUGGUCUCUUGUCCAAAUCGCAGGGCAGCACUCAGCUCUUACCUAAUGGCAACGUGAUCGUGAAUUGGGGAUCGGAGGGAGCGUUGACCGAGUUUCGAUCUGACGGGACUCCGAUUUUCCACGCUUAUAUGGAUUCCGGGCUCCUCGGAGAAGGGGUGGAGAAUUACCGAGGCUUCCGGUAUAACUGGACUGGCCUUCCCAAUGAGACUCCCGCUAUUGUGUCUCUCGAGAGCGAUGAGGGCACUACCAUUUAUGUGUCGUGGAAUGGAGAUACCGAGACCAAGGUCUGGAGAUUCUACAAUGUUGUGGAUGAGUACGGCUCGCGUGAAUUCUUGGGCGAGUCCAAGCGAACUGGAUUUGAGACGUCCUUGGCAGUCAAUCAUGUCAAGCUGAACACCGUCUCGGCUGAGGCCGUUGGCACCAAUGGGCGCGUUUUGGUCUCUACUGGAGUUGCGAAGACAAAGGUUGAGAUACUACCUCCCAGCUCUUCCGCGGCGCAGCCGGUGGUGGUACAGGAUGUCGUCCAGCCUCAGGUUCAGCUGCCCGAGAAGAGUAGUUGGGAGGAGUACAUGAUUUUGAAGAUCAAUCGCUUCAACAACUAG